AUGGGUGAGAACUUUAGGAAAAUAUGGCUUCAUAUCGUACGGGUUACACUGGAAAAAGCAGGUCCAGCUUUUAUAAAAUGGGGGCAAUGGACAGCUACUAGACCUGAUCUCUUUCCUAGAGAUCUCUGCACCGAGCUUUCAAAGCUUCACACCAAAGCCCCAGCUCAUAGCUUUGCCUACACUAAAAAAACUAUUGAAAAAGCAUUUGGUCGUAAACUUCCGGAAAUCUUUGAGGAUUUUGAGGAGGAACCUGUAGCAUCAGGAAGUAUUGCCCAAAUACAUCGAGCUACUUUGAGAUUUCGAUACCCAGGUCAAAAGUCGAAGCCGAUUGUGGUUGCUGUGAAAGUUAGACAUCCUGGUGUUGGUGAAUCAAUUAGAACAGAUUUUGCAAUUAUUAAUGUGGUUGCCAAAAUUUCGAACUUCAUCCCCGCAUUGAAGUGGUUGAGACUUGAUGAAAGUGUGCAACAGUUUGCGGUCUUUAUGAUGUCUCAAGUAGAUCUUGCAAGAGAAGCAGCACAAUUGAGUCGUUUUAUUUACAAUUUUCGACAAUGGAAAGAUGUCUCUUUUCCAAAGCCUUUAUAUCCUCUGGUGCAUCCUGCUGUUCUGGUGGAGACUUUUGAGAAUGGAGAAAGUGUUGCAGCUUAUGUUGAUGAGAAUGUAGGACAUGAAAGAAUGAAAAGUGCUCUUGCUCACAUUGGUACUCACGCGCUUCUGAAGAUGCUUCUGGUGGAUAAUUUUAUCCAUGCAGACAUGCAUCCCAGAAAUAUCCUUGUCCGGGUACCUAAAGGCAAGCCUUCUCGUAAGAAGCUCUUUAAAUCGAGGCCUCAUGUUAUUUUCCUUGAUGUUGGGAUGACAGCUGAGCUCUCUAAGAGUGAUAGAGUAAAUUUACUGGAGUUCUUUAAGGCUGUUGCAGUUCGUGAUGGCCGCACAGCUGCAGAGUGCACCUUGAGGUUAUCAAAACAACAGAACUGUCCAACCCCAAAAGCCUUCAUUGAGGAAGUGUCAAAGUCAUUUGCUUUUUGGGGCACCCCGGAAGGUGAUAUAGUCCACCCUGCUGAUUGCAUGCAUCAUUUACUUGAGCAAGUUCGACGUCACAAAGUCAAUGUUGAUGGCAAUGUUUGCACUGUGAUGGUUACUAUGUUGGUGCUCGAGGGAUGGCAGCGGAAGCUUGAUCCAGAUUACGAUUUUAUGAAGACACUACAAACAUUGCUAUUCAAGAAAGACUGGGCAGAGUCACUUGUCUAUACAAUCGAAGGACUCAUGGCCCCUUGA